ACUAGGUGCUCAUAUGUAAUUACUUCGAGGGCAUUGCUUCGAAAACACGUGGUAUUGGAAGGCUGAAACAUGGUAUUGUUUCCCAGUACCCAGGACCCGGACGAUGCGACUCAAGUUUCGUCACCAGUUACCACGCAAUAUUCGUACCAUCCGUCACAAGUCCAGGGCGAUCAGUCGCAGGAAAAAGUUGAGAAUGAAUUCAGUACUGCGGAGAUACGCAAGGCUUUUGUGAAAAAGGUGUACGUAAUCUUGACGAUUCAACUGCUGGUGGUUUUGGGCUUCAUCUUGUUCUUUUCCUUUCACCAGCCCACGAAGCGCUGGAUUCAAAACAAUACUUACAUUCUAUACAUAUCCCUAGCCGUGGCGUUUAUGAGUAUCGUCCUUUUGGCGUUUUUCAUGGACUUUCGACGCAAGGCGCCAUGGAACUAUCUGUUCCUAGGCGCCUACACCGUGGCAGAGGGAGUUAUUCUGGGGAUGUUGGCUAGCUGCUAUGCGCGCAAUGCGGUGUUGACGGCAGUCGCCAUUACAGCAAUCAUAACUCUGGCUUUAACCGUAUUUGCGCUAAAAUCCAAAUAUGACUUCACUACGUGGGGAGGAUUCUUAAUAUGCUUCUCAAUACCCAUCUUAAUUCUUGGAAUCAUCUGCAUAUUCGUCCGCAAAAACAUCCUAGACUACGUCUACUCCGCCGUCACAUGCGUCAUGUUCUCAAUGUACCUGGUCUACGACACACAACUCAUGUUAAUGGGCAAACAUAAGUACACCGUAGGUCCGGAUGACUAUGUGUUCGCGACGCUGAACUUGUAUGUAGAUAUUGUCAAUAUCUUCAUGAUAGUGCUGGACUUAUUGUUUAAAUCGAAGAAGUAGAGACAGUGUUAUUAGGUUAUGAUGCUUCGGUGUGUGCGUGAGACAGAGCUAUGUAAGAAUGUAUUGAUGUUUCGUUCGCGUACUGGAGCCCAAUGUGAAGGCAGCCUAUUAUUGAACUAUUAUUACUAACGUCUAGAACCGGCACAGAGAACCAGUAUUUUGCGCCAUGGGUUGAUGUUGUAUUGACAUCAAUCCAUAGAAGCGGAGCGUGAAUCUCGCGACCUAAUCGCGUAAGCGCCAUGAAUUUUACGGCGCUUACGACGUUUUGGUCGCCUGGUACAGGUUGUGAUUGCGACAAUUUCAAUAAUAAUAACUCAAUGCCUUUGUGAAUAAAAUAUGAUGAGAUAGAUAUGUAACGUUUUCUCAU